CAAAAUGGAACAAGUCCGUUUCAUUUGCUUAUUUAAACAAUACUUUGCACUCAUUCAUAUUCUCUUUUCUCUCAUUAUUUUCUGUGUAUGCAUCCAUGAUUCCAUCACCACCUUAUCACCAUUCACUAUCUCUGGAUCUUAAUCAAGAUCAUCAUUACCAUCAAUUUUCUACUCCACACCAUCACACUUCAUCAUUUUCUUCAUAUCCCCCAAAUUAUAUUGAAGAGGUUGAGAAGAUGAUUCCUUCAACUGCAGAAAAGCAUGACAGCAGAAGCAUGAAACAGAAACUGACAAUUCGAUGGAAAAAAGAAGAAAGUGAUGAAAUGAAUAAUAAUAUUGAAUCAGUUGAGAGUGCGGAUACAAAGAUGAUAGAUUCUGAUGACGUACCAAAUAAAAAGCAAUUAGAAGUGUCACCGGUAGGAAGAGAUAAUAGCAGCAGCAGCAGCAACAACAAUUAUUCAACUACUCCAACUGUUAGGGUUUGUUCUGAUUGCAACACCACUAAGACCCCUCUUUGGAGAAGUGGACCAAAAGGCCCCAAGACACUUUGCAACGCUUGUGGGAUUAGACAAAGGAAGGCUCGACGUGCUAUGGCGGCGGCGGCAGCAGCAGCGGCAAAUGGUGUGAUGACAGUUGAUAAGACAUCAUCUGUGAAGCAAAAUAAGUUGCAGAAAAAAGAGAAUAAGUCCAAAAUUCAUCACUCUUCAAAAGUACCACAUAUGAAAAAGAAGCGCAAGGUUGAAACUAAACCAUCUCAAACUACAAACAAUUUUAGUUUCGAGGAUUUUACAUUAAUGUUGAGUAACAAUUUGGCUGUUCAACAAGUUUUCCCUCAGGAUGAGAAGGAGGCUGCUAUCUUGCUCAUGGCAUUAUCUUAUGGAUUAGUCCACGGUUAAGAUUUUAAUUCGUGUUUAUUUAACUAGCUUUUUUAUCUUUAAUAUGCUACUAUAUCGAUCUUAGGACUAGUUUUAUUUUGUGCUACAAGAGGUGCUAUGAAGUUAGGAAAUCAUAUUAGGAAAGGGGAAGGAAGAAUUGGACAAAUAAAGUUACAUUGUUGUGUGUGAGGAAUUGAAUUUAAUGAUAUAUGUUUGAUUUUAACAAGUAGACAAUAAAAAUACUAUGAGAGUCUCUUGUUUAUGAA